UUAUUGGUUUGUUUUCUUUUUGAUGUGAAGUUUGUGCAUCAUCUAAUAUGAUGUUUGGCAAGUAACGCUGUUUUACGAUGAGGAUAUUUGGUUUUAACAGUUACAUAUUGUUUUCUAUUAUUUCAUUAUUAAUUCUUUAGCAAAAAGCAUCGGAUUGUAUUAUGUGGCACUUGUCAAUAUUUUCAUAAAUGGCUGCUGAUGAACCUCCAUUCUUGACUAUUGGCACUGACGUUAGUGCCAAGUAUAAAGGCGCGUUUUGUGAAGCUAAAGUGAAAAAAGUGAACAAGAUAGUGAAAUGCAAAGUUACUUUUAAGAAUAAUUUAGGCUCUUUUGUAGUAACUGAUGAUCUUAUUAGAACUGGUAAUCUAAGAAUUGGUGCUGAUGUUGAAGCUAAACACCCAGAUAAAAAUGGCUAUUAUGAAGCAGUGAUAAACAAGUUACAGGAUUAUAGCCAGUACACUGUUGUUUUUGAUGAUGGAGAUGAAACAACACUACGUCGCACUUCUCUUUGUUUGAAGAGUGGGAGACAUUUUGCCGAAAGUCCCACUCUAGAUCAAUUUCCAUUAACUAAUCCUGAGCAUUUCGGAACACCAGUUAUCGGCAGUGGGAAAUUCAAGCGCAAAAGACGUUCUACUGUUAAUUCGUCUCUAGAUUAUGAGAGUAGUGAUGAUGAAGACAGCCUUCCUCGUAAGCUGAAGGCAAUCAGAGGAAAAGAAAGAGAUCCCGAUCUUGGAAAAGUUGUGUGCGUUGAUUAUGGUGAUCGUAGAAAGAAAGAUAAUUGGUAUCCAGGGCUCAUUGUUCCUCUUCCACCUCAGUCCAAUAUUAAAAUUCUAAAAGAAGAGCAUUUGAUCCGAUCUUUUAAAGAUGGGAAAUACUACCAGGUUCCUAAGCGUGAUAUACGAGAAUUUACUAAAGAAUGUGGACAAAAAGUAGAAAAUAAUGCUCUACGUUCUGCUGUAGAGAAAGCAACUCUCUAUCUUGAGAAGGAAGAACUACCCCCACAUUGGGAUAAAGUAUUGUUUAUUGGUUUGGAAGAUGAUGAGAGUAAUGAAUUUGAAAGUGAUACUUCUGAUGAUGAACCUAGUGAAGAAAAGGAUAGAUUUGUUGCUCAGCUCUAUAAGUUUAUGGAUGAAAGAGGUACACCUAUUAAUAAAGCACCCACAGUGAGCAAUAGAGAUCUGAACUUAUAUAAACUUUUUAAGAUCAUGCACAAAUUAGGAGGUUACAACAAAGUAACAAAUAAGAAUAAGUGGAAAACUGUAUAUUCUAAGAUGGGCUUGCCACACUCUGUUGCAAAUGGUCCUAAUCAAGUCAAGUUUGCCUAUAAAAGAUAUCUUCAGAGUUUUGAAGAUUUUUAUCGUAAGUUGGGAUGCACCAUGGUGAAUAAUACACGGUCCACUAGAGGGCGCCACAGAUCUGAUCGCAAUAUUAUUAUUACUAGAACAAGAGAAAGGGAUGCUGCGUCUCCUAAAAGUAAAGCUAACAAAGAAACAAAGGAAAAGAGCACAGAAAAGAAAGGUGAAGAAAAACCAAAACCAGCUGAUAAAAAAGAGAGCAAAAUUGAAGAAAACUCCAAAUCUGAUAAAAUUAAAAAUUCAGAAAAAAAGAAAUUAGAUGAUGAUAAAGGAAAGAAAGAAGAAAAGCGGAAAUUAAGUAAAAAAGAUGAAGAUAGUAAGCCAGAGAAAGCAAGGACGAGGGAAGAUGCAAGAAAAGAAAAGAAUGAUAGCCCCGAAAAGAAAGGUACUCGAUCUAGCCUCAAGAUUGAAGCUGACAAGAAACCCAAAGAAGAAACCACCAAAGAAAAGAAAAUUGUCAAAGAAAAGAAAGAUGAAAAGCUGCCUAAAGAGGAAAAACCUAAACCAAAAAAGGAAGAAAUUACUAAAGAUAAAAAGCUCACGAGAGAGAAGAAAGUCGAAGAAAAAGUGACCAAAGAGAAGAGAGAAAAUCCUGUGAGAGAGAAAAGAGAAUUAAGUCGAGAAAAGAAGGAGAUAAAAGAAAUUGAGAAACCAAAAGGAAAGAAGGAAGAUUCAAAACCAAACGUGGAGUCUCCAAAACGUAAACUGGAGAGAAGCGUGAAGAAAGAUUUAAACAAGUUGAAAGUGGAUGAUACAGAGUGCAAAGAAGAAGAGAAAAAAGAAGAAAGUGCACCUGUGGUGGAACAACCCUCAAAGAAAACGUUGAAUGAAGAGGAAAUUGUCACUAAAUUGGAAGACAUAUCUGUUGCUGAAGACAGAAAAUCAAAACAGAUUGAAGAUGAACCUCCAAAUAAAUCAAUAUUAGAAAAAUUGGAUGCAAUAACAAGAAAUUUGGGUAAAAAGAAAUCAAUAAAAGGAGAUGAAAAAGAGGACAAAGAAUCUCUUUUUGAGUUUUCUGAUUCUGAUGAAAGUUUAACUAAUGAUUCAGAGAAAGCGUCAGGCAAAGAUUUAAAAAAAGAAAUUGAAGUAGGAGAUCGUGUGAAGGUGAAAUAUGGACGUGGAAGGAUGCAGAAGGUAUACGAAGCAAAAGUUUUAAAAACUGAAACUGAUGGGUUAGAAAAGCGUUAUUAUGUUCAUUAUGCAGGAUGGAACAUGAGGUAUGAUGAAUGGGUACGAAAGAACUACAUUGUUGCCAUUGUGAAUGGAAACAAAAAGUUUGAAGGAGCUUCAAAGAAUUCAUUGCCUCCAUCAAGUAUGAAAAAGCAAGAGCGAUCACGUUUGCCAGGCUUAAAAUCAGUACGUAAAAUCUCAACUAGUAGUUCCAAUUCGAACGUAUCUCGAACAACACGUUCCGAUAAGAAAGAAGAUGUGGAAACAAAGACAAAAUCCACCAAAGGUAGUGCUGUCGAUGCAUCUCAGGAGUCGGAUAGUGAAAGAGAAGAGGAUGAAGACGUCGAUGUGCAAAUUGAUUGUUGUUUCAAGGAGGAGCUUUUUAGUGAUGACGAGAAAGAGAAGUUGGAUGAAGCCAAGGAGGAUAGCAUUGCCGAGCUUGAUAAAGUUUUGGAGCCUAUUAUGAAAAGAACUGAUUGCUCUUCAAAUGAUGCUGAAAAUUUUGCAUCUGAAAACAAACUAAGCCCUGGUGUGAAAAUGGAAGAAAAUUUAAAGAUUGACUCUGAAACAGAUACUGAGAAAGGUAUGAUACAUAAACUAUUAUCCGACUGCAUACAAGCAGAAACACCCUUGGUGGAAGAUAGAGUUGUUGAGGAGCUUCAAUCUCAAUCUGCUCCGUCAGUUUUAGUGGAUACUGUACCUGAUGAUAAACCACAGCCAUCACCUGAAGAGGAUGUUCCACAACCGAUGCAAACAUCUGAAGUUGCUAUAAACAAACAAUCUGUUCUCAGCUUUUCAGGUCUCAUUCGAAAAACAGAAAGUCCUGCUGUGAUGGAGCCUCCUUUGAUAUUUUCAGAACCUGCAGAUACCUCUUCAAUAUCGGAAAUUGAAAUGAGUGAACAACAGGUGGCAUCCGACAUUAAAAUACAAAAUUCAGAAACUAACGAAGAAACUUCCCUUCUUAGUAGCGGAAAGACAGAUUGUUUAGAAACAAAUGACUCGGUUGAUUCGGUGCACGUGACUGAAACGUCACUUCCUUGCAGUGAGAUUGUAAAUGAUCAAACUGAAGUCUCCUCACCUCAAAAUAUUUUUGUCCCUUCUUUUAGUCCUCAAAAUGUAGACAACAAGUUGAGGUCAGAUGACAAUAUUAUUUCUGAAGCUGUAGAUGUCAGUAAAAUGAUACCAGGCAUUUUAGAGAGAUUGAAGAAUGAUGUGGUAAAUGAAUUUGAUCAAAAGAAUGAACUUCCCUUUGAUUUCUUACGAGAGAGCAGCAAUAAGUGCAUGUCUCGGUCUGAUUCAUCAAGCUCUUUGCGUAUUUGCGAGAGUGAUACAAACGAUUCUAACAAUGAUUCAAAAGAUGUGGGCUUUAAGCUUUCUCCUACUAUUCAGGUAUUCAAUGCACUUUCCAAAUGCAAUACUGAAAAUGAGCUGGAUGCUGCUUCUAAAGUUUUAAGUACUGAAAGUAGUGAGAAAAGCAAUGAAGGUGAAUCAGUUGUGUUGAGUACAGAUGUCAGUGAGAAGUCGACCAGCAAUUCAGAGUUGAUAUCAUCUGAGGCUGUAGAAAUAGCAUCGAUUAAAGAGCAAACCCUUAAUGUGGAGAACAACGUUACGGAGGGAUCUUGCGUUGUUGACAAUGAAGAUACUAACUCUGAUGCUCCAGUUGACAACUCCCUCACAGAUUUUCUUCUAACAAAGUCCUGUGAUGAAGCAAACUCUCUUCUGAAGGAUGAGGUAGCUGAAGAUUUGCGAGCUAUCAGUAGUGAUUCUCUGAGGGAAAUCAUUGAUUCAGCUCCAAGUAAUCUGGGUUUCUGCAGUAGUACUUCUCAAGAGCCGAAAGCAGCUGAACAAAACUUUGAUUUGUGUCCUUCUAAAGAGGAUGAUAAUAUAAAAAACAUAUCUUUUACCAUUAAAAAAGAAGGAAAGAAGAAAAAAUUUAGCAAAAAAUUUGGAAAGAAGUCAGGUUCUGAAUUACUUCUGGACAAAGAUUCGAAGAUGAAUAAGAAUAGAGCUAAAAAGAAAAUGAGAUUUGGUGGAUUUUCUUGUGAAAGAAUGAAAAGCUUAGACAUGAAGUCAAAAUCGAAAAAAUUGAAGAAAAAUAAAAAUAAAAAACGAUUUAAGCACGAAGAUGUAUGCGAGACUAAGAAAAUGGAUGGCGAUGACGUUAAAGAUAUUGAUAAAGUAAAAAAGAAAGAGAAAAAGAAGUGUGACAAGAAGUUGUUAAAAUGUAGUAUGAAAAGUGAAGAUGGUAGUGAUGUGCUGAAAAAGAAGAAAAUUAAAAAGAAUCGGGAAAAGCUUUUAGGAAAAGAUUUCUGUGAAAAGAAAGCCAAGAAAAAAAGGAAACUACCCCUGGAUCACGGUCAAGAUACUGAUUCCGAUAAGGAUACGUUACCAAAAAUGGAGAAGAAGCGAAAGAAGAAAAAACCUAAAACUAAAGGAUGCUCUUCAUCUGAUGACGACAAAUUCUUUAAGGAAGAAACUUUGGAUGUGGCAUCGUCAUCCAGCAUCAAACAAGAAGAUCCUGACAUGUCUUUCCUUCUGUGUGAGGAAAAUGUUCCUGCCAGUCCUGUUGAUAUUGCUAACAUUAUAGACGAUUCAUCUGACUCUUCCAGCAUGGAAGAGAACAGUUCAGGGUUGCUGAAUAUCAACAAUACGAGCACGGUUAUGGACAACACGCCACCAACAACUCCAUCGAGCACAGAAUCUCUUCUAUCCAGUUCUCCUUCCCAUGAAAGAGAUUCGUUUCCUUAUCCAGAGAGUACGCAGUCUGGAAGGGAGUCGUGUGAGGGGGAGGGGGACAUUUUCCGUUGCGGAUCCAAUCGAACUAUAAGCAGGGGUAGUGAAGAAUAUCAUGCCGCAACUACACUUGCAUUUGAUGUCUGCCAAUCAUCUGUCGCGGAGAAGCUACCUCCUAGUAGUGACCUGCUAAAACAACAACCAAAGUCUGAAAGCAUUGAUCACCAACUAACAAAGAGGAAAAAGAAAAGUAAAAGAUUUCGGAGAAUGUCGGAAACGACUAAGUCACCCAAGCACAAACUUUCCUUUUUGCGCACCUCAAAAGUUGAACACUAUUAUGAAGAAUCGUCAGGUACUUCAUUAGCUACUCUAUCCAGUUCACCUCCAUAUGGUUCUCUAAGUUUUUCAAAGUCCUUGCCCUCUAAGAUGUCACCUACUUCUGAAGAGAUGAUUCAUGUGCCUCUCCAUGAAAAGGAUCCUGAGAAGAGAAUAGCUCUUUUGCAGAAAAAGAUGUCUGAAUUGAGGAAGCAUUACUUAUCUUUAAGAGCCGAAGUGAUUGCUAUUGAUCAUAAGCGAAGGAAAGCCAGAAAGAAAAUAAGGGAGACAGUUGGUUCGACUACUGCUCCAUCUCCUCAUUCGGAUGAAGGACAAAGCUGUUCCUAAUCCUGACACCAGGAGUUGACUCUUUUUGUACAAAUAUUUUUAAAAAUAUACAAAUUAUUAUAUUAUGUAAAUAUGUACAAUUUUAAAAGUAUAAAAAAAGUUUUAGGUACUAGUUAUUUUUAAAUAACUUGUAUAUCAAUGAUGUUAUAUUUGAUAUUCAUUUUGUCAAUAUCCUCCUUCUAUAUUUAUCUUCUCAUUUUAAUUAUUAUUCUAUUGUUAAAUUACUUGCAUUUUUCAUUGUUUAAAAUCAAUAUUGUUACUCUAAAAGUAAUAUUUUUAAAAAUAUUCAAGUUGCGUUAGUGUUUGAAAAUCAGACAUAUAUAUUUUGUCAAAAACAUCAUAUUUUUAAAAACAGUAACAAAAACAACAAUUGUCAAAAAACAUUAAUUUUUAUUGUUAAUACUACUUAUAUGUGUAUAUAGUUAUAUUUAAAAAGAAUUCUCAAUCUGUUUCAACUAAACUAAACCAUAUAUAUUUUAAACCGAAGCAAAAUUUAUCUAAAGCAAUUCUUCAUUAUACAAAACUUUUGCAAUAAGGGUGAUUGUACUUGUAAUUAUAUUUUGAAACAAUUCUCCUUGCUAUGUUUCUUUUUUAAAGAAUGAAUGCAUUCAUGUACAUUUAUUAUGUUUUGUUAUUUCAUUCCUUUGAUUUUCUUUUGANAAAAAAAAAAAAAAAAAAAUUAGCAUUCUCAAUGCUAAAAAUGCAACUCUUUCCUAGCAUGUCUGAGAAUGAAAGUUUGCAAAACUGCUUAAAUUAACCCUCUGGUGGUUUUACUCGUGCGCAGAUCUUCUUUAUUCUAAAGAAUGAAGUGUGGGAAACUGUGUUUUAUUGAGCAGUCUAAAAUUAACACAGAGCUCAAGAGUUUUCAAUGUCCUAAACUGGUUUUAGGCAGGGCAUUUGGGAUUUGCUGCCCCGAAAUCUGUCAUUCUGAAAAUUGUUUCUACGCUUAUAACUCUAAAGGUAGUUAUUCAAUAAAAAUAAAAUAAUAAAAUUACUUAUUUUACAAAUAUUUGAUAUUAGCUCAGAAUCCUACAAUUCUUGUCGAAAAAUUUAAAUAAUGUAUAAUUUAUGUAGAUAUAUCACAUUAACUCAAAUAAUUGUCUGUAAAAUUUUGAGUUCAUAAUAGUUUUGAAUAAUUAAAGCUAAAGUGUCUAUUUCUUUUAAUUUAUUUUGAAAACAAGGAUUUAGUAUUUCUACAUGUAUAGCAUUUUUCACGUAAAACUACUCUAUGACAUCAAGUUUUGGACAAUUAAUGAAAAGGAGUAGUACAAGCUACUCUUUUAUUUCAAGUGUUUUUAACCAUCAUUAAACAACAGGAAUCCAUAUUUAGUAUUAGUUUUAUUAAAAUGUUUUCAGUUUUGUGUUAUAAUUUAUUUUUCAUUGACAUGCAAUUCCGUUUACUCCAAAAGUGAUUAUUUAAAAAUACUACUGUAUUGCUCCUUUGCAGAUAUGCUUAUCAAUGAAUUUCUUUUUCUACAACUAGCUUUUACUAUCCAAGUUUCAUUAGAAACUUUUAUAGGAAGUGAUGAUUUUCUAUAUGGAUGAGUUAACAAAAAAAAAUUUUUCCACCAAAUCUUAUUUUUUUCACAAGUUCAUUCAUACCCAUUUCACACAAUAUUUUUUAAUUUAAAGUAAUAUAUAAUGACAUAUUUUAAUAUCUGCUAGGGUGCUUGAAAAAGCUUUUAAAAAUUGUUUUGAUGGAUUGUUCAAUAAAGGUUACAAAAAUAAUAUAUUUAUUCAACCCGCCCGUUGUUAUUAAAGGGGUGCUCGAAAGUGCAUGAUGCAUUGAAUGCAAUGUUUUUCUAAAAAUUUAAAAGCUUCUCAAAAUUUUAACAUAAGAUGUUCUACAGAUAUAUAUAAAAAUCAUUAACUGAAUAAUUUUAUUAAAAAAAAUCUUUCAACUUACUUAUUUAGUUAAUUUAUCUUAAAAGUUUAUAACUAAGUUUACAUUCAAAUGUCUACUUAAUGAUGAAUUUUUAUGUUAAGAUAGCUAAACUUUCUAAAAAUGUCUGAAAUUUAGGUUAAAAAAUAUUUAUAUGAACAAUACCUAGUGUUUUAAUUUUUAUUGUAUGCAUUGUUUUCUAUGAAAUAAAAUCUUGAUUGCAUCAUAAUUUUUUUAAAUAAAUUCAUUAGUUUACAACUUCAACUUUUUUUACUGACUUGCAUAUAUAUAUUUAGAGUAUAGUGACUAAAUAUAAUAUUGUGACUGAAUUUGCAAGCAUGAAAAACUAUUAUUUAUGUACUUAUGCAUAUUUUCCUUCCUUAAAGUGCACCAACAAAACAUGAGUAUUUUAACUGGAAAAUAUUAAGUUCUUGUUUAUGUACUGAUGCUUUUUUUAUAUAGAUAACAUUUUAUUUAUGACAUACAGUUCGUGAGUAGCUACUACGAGCUAAAUUGCGUGGGGAAAAGAAAACAGGCUUUAUUUCUCCUACUUUGGUUUUCAUUGUUUUAAUAAGUGAUUGUUUUUAUUAAACAUUUCUGUAUUCAAUACCGGCAAGUAAACAUUUUAAAUGUAGUGAAUCAUGGAAUUCAGAGAUUCCCAAUCAGCUGGUUUAGGAAAUACCUAAAAAAUUUUAAAAGCACUGCUUCUACUGUAAAAAAAGAUCUGCAAGAUAAUUCAAGUACAGGAGCUACAUUAUUGUUUAUAAAAAGUGCUUUAAUGUCUGUUUCAUGAAUUGAUUUAUUUAUACAAGAAAGAGUUGAUUGUAUUUGGAACUGCAUCAAAAUCUGCUAAUAUCACAAUUCUUAUUCACAGAAUUGGUUUUUGUAUUUAUCUGAUUUAAAAGUUACGAUAAAAAGACAUAAUAAGGGCUAGUUCUAAUUUAACCAAAAACUGAAACAUUGAUUCUAAGUAAUUAAUUUAAUUUUGUUAUAAAAUUUCAGUGUUGCAUAAUUUUUAAUUAUGUACCUUUAAGUGUUAUUUAACAAAAAAAACGUGCAUAAUUUUAUUUAUAUAACCUGUGCAGAAUUAAAUAGUAUAUAUAUAUCUUUAAAGUAAAUAAGCAAACUGUAUAUAUAUUUCUGUGUUCUUGUACUUCUGAUAACUAGUUUGCACCUUUGUGUUAAAAUACUCAUCAUCAUAGCUAAUAACAUUAAAGUUAACAGUUAAUUAAAAUCUUUAGGGCUACAUUUUUUUCCUUCAAGUUUCUGAAAAUCACAGGGUUAAAGAUUCUUGUUAAUGAAAAAUAUCUUUCAGAUAUAAACAUUUUUUUCUGAAUAAGGUAUUUAAAAUAAUAAAUAUUGUUUAAUUUAUUUUAUAUAUAAAAGUUAAAAAAAAAAAACUUUUAACAAUGAUUCAUAAAAGAUUGGGAAUCUCUGAUUUUAAGUAGUUCAUCAGCUGUAAAAUUUCAUCUGCAUUUAAUAAUAAGAAUAGAUAUUUGCACUAAGAUGUUUUUAACAAUGUAUUGUCAUUUUUAUAUAUAUUUUUUUUCAUCUUUCGAAUAUUCACUUGUAUUUUGCAUUUUGCCUAAAAAUGGAAACAUGAAGUGAUGUUUUUAAUUCUCAUCUCUUUGUACAUAAAGCAUUGUAUAAACAUAUAUGUAUUUGCUCUGUAAUAUGCAUUCAGCUAAAUAGUUGUGAAUUUUAUAUAUAAUAAAUUAUAAAAGUAGUCUUA